GGCAGGAGAGGGAAGUCAUCUGCCAAUUGUGGGCCCCACCUGACUCCGGGGUCUCUCGAAGGGAGGUAGUUCACAAGGGAGACCCAUGAGCCCUGCGGGGAAGUAUAGGGCCUCCUGCCCCGGCUCCCCAUCGCUCCGUCUUUUGUUCUUCCGUGGUCCGGCUCCCCAGUGCGUAUGAGCCCCUUCUCUGCUAGCUGCUGGUCACAAGGCUUAUGCCCAUGGUGGGAACAGCCAGGUAGGAUGCGUGGGCCGGCCUGCUGGGGGCCUGGAGAGCCCCUCCUUUUUGGUGCUUGGGCAUGCACUCUGCCCUCGCUUAGGAGAUUCUCAUCCAGCUCUGAUCGCUCCUUCACCAUCUGGGUUAAAACUCACUCUGAUAAAGGGGAAAGAAACGUUUUCCUGUUAAGCUCGCUCUGUCCUCCGGCUCCCACAGAGACGUGUUCCGUGCCGCCUGUGGAAAGGGCCUUCUCCCGUGGUUUUCCCCCUUUCUUGGACGGCCCAGCAUCCUGGCCGGGUCGAGGCAGCGGGAAAGGACGGGGAGCCCUGCUGUCAGGACGCGUCGGAGUUGUGGCGUUUGAAAAUGUUGGAAAGGAGCAGAGAGCAUUUGAAUGCCAGCAGGCUUGAGCACAGACGGUCUCCCAACCGAGGCUGGCGGCUCCCGUGGCUCCCGGCAGGACUGCAGGGAAACCCUGCUGUGACCUAGUUUGUGUCCCCGUCCAGGCGGCUCCUGAAUGCGAAUGUGCGGACACGGGAGGAGACACCAGCCGCUUUGCUUCUAAUUAAGGAACGAUCACGCAGUCAUUUAAAAACCGAAGACAAGGCAAAAUGACAGUAAUGGCAAAACUGGGGCAUUGCUGCUUUUUCACGUGGAGUAAUAACUUCCGGAGACGGUGUGUUCUGGCAGUUGGUUCCCUGUCUCCAGCAGGCCCCUGCACCUUGCCGUCCCCAGGAAGGAUUUGCAGCCCGGCCCAGGGUAGCCACAGGGCCUGGGGUUUUCUGGGCAGGAGGGGCUUCGCAAGAGCGGUUGAUAGUCGGCGCCCGCAGUGGGGCCACCACUCACCUUGUCCCCAGCCCCACAGAAGCUCUCGAGAGGCUGGCCCGCGUGCAGCAGGCAGGAGCCCCGGGCCCCGUGUCCUGGCCGGGCCUGUGGAGCUUCGCCAUGAGCUCUGCGAGGACCAGCCCUCGAGAAGCCCGAGCUUGGCCGCCCGUCCUCGCAGGGAUGGUCACGGCACCUGCCGUGCAGGGUCUGUCUUCCGAGGGCCGGGGGGCUGGACCCGGUUCCCAGUGUUUGACCUUGUUUUUUGUUUAUCGGAACUCUUUCCAAGUGAAAUCUCGGGAGCUGCGGUCUGAAGGAGGGGAGAGGAGCUGCCGUGGUUGGAGCCGUGGGUGGAGUCCUCCCUCCGCUCCAUCUGAGGUCCCAGGCUCCGGGUUCCAGGGGCUCCCUGCUUCUGCGUGACCUUCUGUUACUUUACGUGUCCUUCCUAGAUGUGUGUUCUUGUGAUUGGCCGUACGCCGUGCUCACCAUGGGGUGGUAAUUCGAACCAAGAAUCGGGAAUCGGAUCUUCUCUCUCCCAGCGCCCCUUCUGCUUCUUCCACUCAGGACCCCGCUCUGGGCCGCAGCCGAGCUCCCCCCGACGGACACAGCCCUCACCUCUUCCCGUCACACGCGAUGUCAUUUGCUCACAUCCGGAUGCUUCUGCAGAGAAAGCCAGGAAUGUCCUCGCUGUGGAAGCCACCCCCGGAGAGCUGGUAGGAGAGGCAGCAGCUCACCAGCCGGCCCCUGGGCACCCAAAUUCCAUUAAUUUCUCUUUCAAACAGUGGGGCACUGAGCUCAAAAAUUCAAUGUCAUCUUUCCGUCCUGGGAGAGGACAUGGCGACAGUCGGAAGAGUGUGUUUUAUACCAACGAAGAGUGGGAGCUCUUAGACCCAAACCCUAAGGACCUGGAGGAGUCCAUGGCGCAGGAGGAGAGGAAGAAGCCGGCCCCCGAAGGAAACAAAGGAGUAACUGGCUCAGGAUUUCCCUUUGAUUUUGGACGUAUUCCCUACAAAGGAAAGCGCCCUUUGAAAGACAUGAUCGGAUCGUACAGAAACCGCCACGUCAGCGGUGACCCUUCGGCGGAGGGGGCACAGAGUGCUGGUGCCGUCAGCAGGCCCACGUCCGAGAUGCAGCUGCAGGUCCAGAGCCAGCAGGAAGAGCUGGACCGGCUGAAGAAAGACCUGUCCAGCCAGAAGGAGUUGGUACGGUUACUGCAACACACGGUCCGGUCCUCCCAGUACGACAAGUACUUCGCCAGCAGCCGGCUGUCUGCGGGCAUCCCGAAGGACACGCUUGACCUUCUGCACCGCAAGGACGACCAGAUCCUGGGCCUCAGCAGCCAGCUGGAGCGGCUCUCCCUGGAGCGAGAGAGUCUGCAGCAGGAAGCCAGGACGCUCAAGAGCAAGGUGGGCGAGCUCAGCGAGCAGCUGGGGAUGCUGGUGGAGACCAUCCAGGCCAAGGACGAGGUCAUCAUGAAGCUCUCGCGCCAGCUCAGCGAGGGCACGGACCACACACCCUCUGCCGCAGGGGUGCCCGGCUCCCCCACGCCCCCCAGCAGGGAGCACCUAGAGCUGGACAGGCUGAAAGUAAGUGGGGCGUGGGCUUGGCGGGGUUCAGACAGCGUUGCAGGCGGCCCCUCGAUGUGUCCAGGGCUCCGGGCCUCGGCAGACGGAGCAGAUGUAGCAGGACUUGAGGCAAACUAUGGAGCUUUGUUACCCCACGUAGCCCGGGGGGCCCUGUUUGCCCCCAUGCAUGAGUGUCCGGGCCAGCACCGCACUCGUGGCCUGCCUCAGCCCCCUGGGGGCCUCGUGAGCGAGCUUGGCGGGGACGCGCGGGAGCUGAACCAGGGUGACGUGGGACAGAGCUCGUGGAGGUGGUGGCUGUUCAGGGGCCGGCGCGUGGCUGUGGGCUCCAAGUGGGCCGACCGGCCGCCCCGAGGUUUCUGCCGCCGCCUGCACCAGACGCCCGCUCCCACCACAGGCUCCCGCGGCGGCUCCGCAGGAAUUGAAAGCAGGCUUGCGGGCGGGGGGCUGCAGACGGAAGUGGACCAGCGGGUGUUCAGAGACCUCAUGAGCGAGAAGCUGCCUCGGCUGCACACGCAUCUGGAACAGUACGGCGUCGACUACACCCUGAUCACGUUCAACUGGUUUCUGGUGGUGUUUGUGGACAGCGUCGUCAGCGACAUCCUCUUCAAGAUCUGGGACUCUUUCCUUUAUGAGGGACCAAAGGUCAUUUUCCGGUUUGCCCUGGCGCUUUUCAAAUACAAGGAGGAGGAGAUCCUGAAGCUGCAGGACUCGAUGUCCAUAUUCAAGUAUCUCCGCUACUUCACUCGCACGAUCCUCGACGCCAGGAAGCUGAUCAGUAUCUCCUUCGGGGACCUGAACCCAUUCCCCCUGCGUCAGAUCCGGAACCGGCGCGCCUACCACUUGGAGAAGGUGCGGCUGGAGCUGACGGAGCUGGAGGCCAUCCGCGAGGACUUCCUGCGUGAGCGGGACACCAGCCCCGAUAAGGGCGAGCUGGUCAGCGAUGAAGAGGAGGACACCUGAGUGCCCCCCACCCCAUGACACUGCUCUUGUCUUCACAACCAAAGCGUGCCAAAAGGAUACACAGCAGAGGGGCCUCUGCUCAUCGGAAAGCCCGAAUGUAAUGCCCGUGGUCUCUGGAGGUCUGCUGGGCAGACGUCCACGGCCACACUGCACUUCCUCAUUUCCACGCGGGCUGGGGUCUGCUCCGUGUACAGCCAUCUCCGGGCCGUGGCGGGCGGUGUCCGUGUCCCGUGUGACCCGUGCACCCCCAGGGGAACCGGCUGGCUGUUGUCGAGCCUGUUGACAGCAUCUGUCUGGGUUCUGUGGUUGGCUUGCACCCUGGCGUCUCCCCGUGACACCUCCUAGCCAGAGCGUGGCUGCUUUGGGUGGCGUGAGGUGAGCGAAGCAAGUGCAUCUGUGUUCAGAAACAGCCUGGAGAAAUCCCACACCUUCCGUGCCAGGCGAACCACCGGCCGUGCCCCAUCUCUGGACUAGCUUGGGGCGCCUGGCCCUCCGGACACCCCACGCCCCCAGCCCACGCUCCGCCUGGCAUGGCUCCGUGAGGUUCUGUGCUCUCGCCUCUCGGGGAGUGGCUCGUGGAAUCACUCUGCGUAGGGAUAGGAGUCCACAGAAGCUGUGGACCGCCGUCCUGCAAAGCAGGCCCACCUCGGGGGCAGGCCUUGGUGGAGGAGACAGAGGAGGCUUCUGGGGACGCCUCACGGGGCAGCGGGGCGACUGCAGGGUGACGCCGUUGGCCAGGGCUCCGGGGGCCUCCCCCGCCUGCUGGGAUGGCGGGGAGGCCGGCCGCCAGUGCCUUUGCUUGGGCCCCAGCUUUGGUGAGCUGUCCCAUUCAGGGUCCCUCCCCAGUGCUGCCCAGAGGCAUCCGCGUCCUGGCAGCCGGCCUCCCCCUCCCUGGGGUCAGCGUGGUCCUGGCUGUAGGGUCACCAGCACCUCCAGCAGGUCAGGCUGCCCACGCCGUUCUGCGGACUGGGAGCACUCUUUUUGAAGCUCUGCUGAGAGGCUUUGCGCAGGGAAGGUUGACUUUGCUUCAUCGCUCCGCAGACCAUCCCUGCUCCACGUGUGGAUGCAAGAGUUUCCUGGCACAGCGUUAUCCCAAUAGGGAAGAAACCAUUUCACACGGAAUUUUUACACUACCUGGAGAAAUUGGAAGUAACCCCCAGCUGAAACGUAUCAGACGCAGCCGAAGCGUUGAAGGAGUCCCCUGAGGAAGUGCAUUUUCUAAGGACAGAUGUUCCGUCUCGGUCCGUGUUUAUCGGUGUCCCGGCUGGGCGGGCAUCCCCGCAUACCACACCGCGUCAGCUUCCGUGUUGUGAGGUUGGUUAGCCUGAUCUUUCAGAUGGCAGACGCGGCGGGGGGGUGGAUGGCUGCUGGAGGUCGGCCUUAGCACGCGGCCUCACUGCCCUCCACGGACCCCUCACCGGCUGGGGGACAACAGUGAGGAGGCGCGGUAGGGUCAGGCUCUAGCUUCCAAGUUGACCUCCCCAGAACUGCCACAUCCUGGGGAGAAAAUGCUGCCUUUUGGAACAGGCUGGUUAUGUCAGUUUUGCCCCAAAAAGAUGUAUCUUAAAAGCACCUGCAUCGGGCCCAGGCGCCUGCUGGGUGUUGCUGGAGCCGUGGUUUCGGGGAGGGCCAGCCGCGCCGUGUUGGUGUCCGCAGGCGGCUGUCCGUGCCCGGGCAGUGGCCAUGAGAGCAGCGCGGUCGUGGGGGGCGUGGACGGGGGACACUUUCCCGGAGGCCGCCCUGUCUCUGGGCGUGCAGAGGGCGGCAGGGGUGCUUGGCCUGGCCCAGACCGGGCAGGGUGCCGAGCCGCAGGCCGUGCCCACGACCAAGGGCAGCUACCAGCUCGCACGGGGACGGGCUGAACAUCUGUUAAUACUUUUGUAUAUUUUUCACUACAGUUUAUAUUUUUAUAGACUAUUUUUAUCAAGGGUUUUUCAGUUAUGUACAUCUAUUUUAUAUAACGAGUUCUUUGUGCGCGGCUGUGUGUGAUCGCGAGAACCCGAGCGGCCUGGGUCGCUCCUGGCUCCCGGGCCAUCUGUGGCCCCCGGGCUUGCGUGCACUGGCAUGGCCUCCCGGGGCCUGUGGUCACGCGCGCCGCUGUCCCACAGCAGCCAGGGCCCCCGGGGCUGGAACGAGUCUGCCUUCCUCCCACACUGUAUCCAUAUAGGAAGUAUUCUAGGCGAAUCGCCAGUGCGUUUUUUUUUAAACUGUUUGUAUUCUUGCACAGAUCCCCACCCUGGCUUUGUGCGGGGCUGUCCUCCUGCACGUGCCCUGGGCAGAUGGGCCCCACACGGGGCAGCCCCUGCAGGCGGGAGGCUGGCUGCCGCCUCGGGGGGCUGCGUGGGGGGCAGUGCCUGGUGACUUCCUCUGAUGUCACUGCGGCUUCUCGGCUUCUUGAGUUAAAUUCUGGAACGGUCUUUAUACUAAAAAGCCAAAUAAACUACUAAUUUGUAUAA